AUGUCCGAGGCCCAGACAGAGGGACUAACCUUAUUUUUGCGUGACCAAGCAAAUCUGAAGAAUCGUGCUGAACUAGGUACGUCUACACGCAGAGAGAAACCAAAGUGGGAUUCGAAAUUCAAUAGGAAUUUAUAUGCUUUUGCUUCACCUGAUGAUCAAUUUUUGCGAACAAAACUGCAUCAUUACUACGAAUUAAAUGAAGUCAAAAGUAAAAAUAUUCGCGCUGAAGAAUCAGUUAAGCAGUCUACAAAUGAAUGGUUAGAAAAUUAUAGUUUAAAAGCGCAACGAUUAACACUCGAUGAUUUCAUUGCUAUAGGUAAAAUUCCAGGUUGUGUAAUGGAAGAAUUUUCAGCGAAUUCAGAUUUAACUUUGAACCAAAUUGUGGAUGGAUUCAAGAAAAAUCUCCCGUCACAUCUCGAAUAUAACUCCAAACAAGUUAAUCAAUUUGAAUGUGGACUGCACGAAUCUAUCUUCACAUAUACAAACAGAAUAAGAUGGUUGAUGGAGGACACAAGAAAAAUAUUUGGUUUAAUUCGCGGAAAAAAUAUUGGUCUUCUGUUGGAUAGUUCAGAUGCCAACUUGGGCUUCAAUAGAGAUAAGCAAUUUAAAGAACAUUUAAUCGAAUUAGUCAACGAACAAAUAACUGCAGACAGGCUAAAAACAUUAUAUGUAGCAAGUUAUGGAACAAAUAUUAAUUCAUUAUGGCCAUAUCCAAUGUGUGUAAAUACACGUGCUAUAAAUGAAUUAAAGUAUUUUAUUAGAGAACAACUAAUACCAAUGGGUGGAUCGAAUUUGUUGAGUGGUAUAAAACAUAUGAUUAUGUUUGGUAGAAAACAAUUAGAUGUUAUCAUCAUAAUAUGUGGUAGUUAUCCAGAUCAACCUGCUAUAUUUAUUCAACAAUAUCUAGAGCAAAUAUUUGCUGGUUUCACAUCACCUCGACUACAUUUAGUUGCUUAUGAUUGUCGUAAUCCUGAAGUAAAUCAAUUGUUAGCUCAACUGGCCACAAUAAAAAAUGAUUUCAUCUAUCAUUGCUAUUUAACUGAGAAUGAAUCGGCUGUGUAUACAAGUGAUGAAAUUGCUCGUCUUCUGAAAGAGAUAAAUGAUGCACAGAAAGUUCUUGAAGUUGUUGGUCAUCUAAGACAAGAAAUGGAGAGCUCAUCCACGAUUGCUCAGCAAGCUACAGAUGAAGUGAAUAUGUUAUCUAAUGCAAUGUGUAAUUCACCAAUUUACUAUCUACCUCAACCGACUGAUACAAGUUUACUGCAUGGUAAACUUCAGUUGGAUCAUUUGCAUAGACAAUGUUGUAGACAAUGGAAACCUUUCCAACCAACUUCUUCUCAAGUUUGGUUACAUAAACAUGGACUGAAAGCUCGCAAAUUGAAUUUAUUUCAGAUAUUGGCACCAAAUGCAUAUUCACAAGUUGUUGGUUAUGUCCCAUCAAUUCAACGCUCUGUUAGUGCUCAAAUACAUGAAAAGUGCAUGGUUCAAGUUAGGUGGCUUGAUGGAUCAAUUAAAAAUGUUCAUGUUGAUCCUAAUGAAUUGUAUAAAUACCAAACACAGAUAACAAAUUUGGUUGGAUUAUUAGAAAAACGAAUUCAUUGGUUGACUCAAAAAAGUCGUGGAUACUUUGGUACCCUUAUAGAACCGAACGUAAUAAUUUUAAUCGAUUUAUCAGAGUAUAAUACUAUCUAUAUGGUUCAUAUACACUAUUGUCUACGUCAUUUACUCGAAGAACAAAUUUCAACAAAAUCUAAAUUUAAUUUAAUGAUAUUUGGUUCGGAUUCUAAGGCUUAUCAAUCGAAUUUAAUUGAUGUGAAUGCUAAUAAUUUACAAGCUUCAUGGGAUUGGUUUAAAACGCACAAUUGCAAUGGCAGUCGUAAUUUAUUAAGUGCUUUGAGAUUAGUGUUUGAAAGUCAGUCAGAAAAAGAUUUGUUUGAAUCACAUUUAGGAAUUUAUAUAUUUACAUCAGGUAUACCUGAUCAGGAUAGUGAGGUGAUUUCAUCUUAUUUGGAAGCUAAACGUUGUACGUUUUUAAAUACUCAUGUACAUGUGGCAUUAUACCAUGUGGACAAUAUCAUUACUGAUAAACACUUUCCAUGUCGUUAUGCAAAUAUUACGGAAACUGCAAAUUCUUUAAGAGAAAUAGCCCAUUCAACCCCAAAUGGACGUUUUCAUUGGUUUCGUGAGAAUGGUAUCAUAGAAAGUGAUGAUGUUUGCGUUCUGUUGGAUGAAAUAGACGAAGCAGUUAGCUAUUCAAAACAAGCUCAAUUACUUGUAGCUUCAAUCACAGAUAAACGAGUCGGGUCAGAAGUUGAUUGGAAUAAGUCUGAUAAAAGCAUAGUUUCAAAGAGUAGUAGUACGGCUAAUCAAUUAAUGGGUGGGUGGGAUCCUUCAAAUCAAAUUGAACCGCGUUUAAACUUAUUGGCAUUGGCUAGAAAAGAAGCUAUUGACGCAAAAAUGAAAAGUAAUACCACUGAUAAUCAUUCACAUCCAAAAGCUUUGACAUGGUAUCAAGAGAUCAAUAAUACCGACAGGAUACGAUCCAACCCAACGAUAAGUAAAGUAUCUGGGAGAAAAAAAUCUAAUAUCUUAGUUAAACCAAUUCAAAUUAAACGAUUCAACUGUCAAAUACCCACAGAUGAAGAAAGACUUACGAGUCGUGAAUGGUUACGUAAAUACAGUAUUCGUAGUUUGGGACUUAAUUUAACGCGUCUCACAUCUGGAAUGGAUUGUAAACAUGAAAUGUCUUUUGUUAAUUCCACUCGAACAAUGGUUCAUGCACGCUAUUGUAGCGGGUUGUUUCCUCUUGUAAAUGUGGCUGGGACCCUUAAACAUCUUCAGUAUACUUUGGACGAACUAGAAGCUUUUGAACAAGAGGUUGUUAAAGCAUUAAAACGUUAUAUCAAACGUUAUGAAUGGUUAACUACAGGAUCGAGGAAGUAUUUUGGUCUUAUAUGUGAAGAAUGUAUAGUCAUUUUAAUUGAUACAUCUGGCUCAAUGGAUGCUCAUUUGAAUGUAAUAAAAACGUAUCUGAAGCUUUUAAUAUGGGAACAAUUACACAAGAACAAGGUGUUUUUCAAUAUGAUUAGUUUUAGUAGUACAUUACUUGAGUGGCAGGCUUCCGGUGUAGUAAUGGCAGAUGAAAUAUAUUGUCAUGAUGCUAUUGCAUGGAUUGAUCAACUGAAGGCUACGGGUGGCACGUGUACCGGUGAAGCAAUUCUGUGUGGUUUAAGUCAUUUACAAAUUAUGAAUUCAUCGAAUAUCAAAGAAAUUCAUGAUGUAAACUUCAAUGAAAUGAGUAAAGGGAUAUAUUUAAUUACAGACGGUAAACCAGAUGUUAGCUGUUCUUCAUUGAUUAAAAAUAUUAAUGAAGUUUGGAAUCCCACUCCUGACAGUAAUGUUGACUUACAAAAUACAAAAAUAACCAAAACCUCUAAAACGUUAAAUAACACAGGUAAAAAGGAUAAAAUCAAACAUACAAAAGCUCCUAAAUUGGUACAAUUACACAAAUGUCCACCAAUACACACAAUCUCUUAUACAAAUGAUCAAACUGCUUUAUUAUUUCUGAAAAAAUUAUCAAAUUUAACUAAUGGACGUUUUCAUGCAUUUUUGGAUAUGGCAUCUACAAUGAAUGUGUUUUUGGAUUAUUUAUUACAAUCAUUCUCUAAAAUGAACACAAAUGAAAAUGAUAAUACAUCCACAAAUCAAAAAGAUAUUUUAUCAUUUCCUAAUAUUCAGUCAGAUGAUAUUAGAUUAAUACAGAAAGAAAUUAAAACAACUUAUAGAACAUUGAUUUGUCUAAAAUAUUUUCAGGAUGUAUAUAAAGAAACAAAAUUGCUUCGAAAGUAA